AUUCUCGAGUGACCACACAACUCCUAUCCGUCACUCGGACCCGAUCACUAAUCAGUAAUCGCGGAUUAACGAAACCAUGAAGUGCUACCUGUCCGUCACAGCAAUAAGCUUAGCGGCUCUAUUCAUUCAAUUAGUGGCUGCUGACGAAUCGAAAACCAUCAUCAAUGUAGACCUUUAUUACGAGUCAUUAUGUCCAGACAGUAUGAAUUUUGUACGGACACAACUCGUCCCGGCCUAUCCAGAUCUUAAAAAUCAUCUCUCGAUCUCCUACAUUCCUUAUGGAAAAGCCUCGCACUCGAAAGCCGAUACAACUGGUCCCUGGGAAUUUGUUUGUCAACAUGGACCAGCCGAAUGCAGAGGAAAUAGGGCUCAGGCUUGCGGCAUUCAUGAAAUCGCAACUUCAGUAAAACCUGAGGAACAACAGCAACGAUUGGUUGAUCUUGUAGGAUGCGUUAUGACUGCAAAUAAUCCUGCAUCCGCUGUCACUCUAUGUGCCCAGCAAAUUGGCCUCACAGAGGAAUCAAAAAAUCGUAUUGUUGCCUGUGAAAGACACCCUCUUGGAAAUGAAUUAUUGGCAUCUCAUGGUGAUAAAACCAAAGCUCUCGAGCCAAAACUGUCAUAUGUCCCAACCAUUGUUAUUGAUGGGGUAUAUUCCAAGGAGAAUCAGUCUGCGUCGUUGACUAAUUUUCGUAAAUUGAUUUGCACACUUAUCCCAAUCAGUGAGAGACCCGCUAUUUGCGAGGUCGCCUACUAACCAAUUAAAAAAAAAGGAGAUGCGAGGUCGCACCGGAGGACUGAAUAAGAAGAUGAUUGCGGAAUGUUGAAAACAUCUGGAUUGUGGACAAGUGGAGGCUCGACAGAAGAGAAACGGGGACGGGGUUGAAAGAGAGAGCGCCGAAAUAAUUUCAAGUUACCAUAAAUAAACGAAAACUUUCCAAGACUUUUUCUUUUUUUUAAUUGAUUGUCGGUGGUGUAAAGUGUGUAAAAAUGGAUCGGGUACGUGCGAUGCACGUGUCACUUGCGACGUGCGUGCAUGGCACGAGCAAGCGAAAAAAAGCCAGAAUAUUAUUUUAAGACUCGGUGUGGGGUAGAUGGUAGAAGAUAGAAGAAUAAAGCAGCCAACCUCCUCUGAGAUUCAUAAUGGAGGACCAAAAGCGUGUGACAGAGACAAGAUGUCUUUCUUUUACAGUUACAAUUUUAAAUUUAGAUGAGAAAUGGAUAUUUCAUGUAUACACAUUGCACUUGCGGGGCCAGAUUUUACGAAACCUCUUCGGACUUAUUGCAUCUACAAAGUUCAAAUCAUUCCAGAAUCCAGCUUUCGCAUUCUUCAUUAAUUACGUAAUUUUCAAGGCACGAUUGUGUCAACGCGAGUGCAAAUAUCAAGUGUAAACUUAAUUGCUGAUCACCAGAAAACAAAAAUUAGGUUAAAAACAUAGAAACAACACUUUUUUUUGGUUUAGUUUGACAAUGAUCAACAUUGAAGAUUGCUGAAGUUCAAAAUGAGUUUGCAAGAAAAUGUGCUGAUACAAAUUUGAAACCCUACUUUUUUUGUAUCCGCACUGAUAAUAAUUUGAGUUUGGGAAAAUUAGGACGUAUUGAAUACGCAUUUUUCAAUUUUAAAAUCGAUUGAUAUUUAGGGAAUUCUAAUAAAUGUUUGUGCUAGUCUCCUAUUCAUUAAUUUUUUUUUAAUUUGGAAGCUCUCACUCUCCAGAUUCGUGGGAUUCCUAAAAAAGCAUGCCUUUUUAAUUUUUGAAAUCAACUGAUAUUUAGGAAAUUGUAAUAAAAUAUGAAUUUUUCUUUAUUGUGUCAUGUCCAAGACACAAUUAUGUGAACGCGAGUGCAACUAUAAAUAGAAACAUCCAUUGUUUUUUUUUUCAUUUUGGCACUGAUAAAAAGCGCAGAUUGCUGAGGUUAAAAAUGUGUUUAAAAUCAAAUGAGCCGAUAAAAAAUUGAACACUUAGUUUUUUCUGUUUCCAUACUAAUAAUAAUUUUAGUUUCGGAAAAUUAGGACACAUGGAACACGCAUUCUUCAAUUUUGAAAUAGAUUGAUAAUUAAUUGAUAGGGUUCUAAUAAAAUAUAAUUUAUUUUCGCACUAUCAUACCAUUCAUAUGAUAUUUCUAUAUGAAUUUUCAAGCUUUUGCCCCUCCAGAUUUGUGAGGUCCGCUAAAAAAAUGAACAUGCAUUUUUUCAUUUUUAAAUUCAGCGGUUGCUGCCAUUCCCCAGGAUUUAGGGGGCUUCGAAAAAAAAAUGCAUGAGCGUUUUUUAGGUUUGAAAUAGAUUGAUAUUUAGGAGAUUAUAAUAAAUAUAAUAAAUUUUUCUUCAUUAAUUCUUUUAUGUUCAAGGCACGAUUAUGUUUUUUUGGAUUGAUGAACAGCGAAAAUUACUGAAGUCCAUAAUGAGUGUGUAAAAAAAUGAAAUGAUAUCAAAUUAAAAACCUAUAUAAAAUUGAAAA